ACAGACUGUAAGAUGAAAUGAAAGGCACAAGGCUCAUGCCACUGAACUGGAGACGAAAACCCACAAAGCUGAGUAAGGAAUUUGUAUGACAUCAUUCACAGACCGUGGCCCAGCUAAAGCUGCUAGACUGAAAUCCCUGCUUAGAAAAAGAAGCUAUUUCUCUUCUUUUUCACACCCCCACAAAGUUCUUUCAGCAGAUCAUUAAUUUUCCAGUUAUAAACCAAUCAGAAGGGGAAAAUCCUGUCAGGAAAAAGAGAGCUUUAUGAACUUUACUUAGAUGUUCUAAGAUAACGCUGUGGAGGACAGUAUAUAUUCAUUUACAUGAUAAUGACAAGAAAUCACUGUGUGUGCAGCCUUAACAGACCUGAAGGAGUUUGAAUAAACAGCAUGAAUGUCAGCAACCAAGCUCUGUGCCGAAUGACUAUAGUAUCUAUAACUAUUACGAUACUUACAGCAAUAACAAUGAUAGUUCUGCAAUCAAAAAAAUAUAUUUCAAGCGAAUGUUCCAGCAGUGUAACAAUGGCCAGUGCAGCCAUUAGUGGAGAUCCAUUUCAGUCCCGAGAAGUCAAAAAUAUAACAGGUGAGAUCCUGAAAAAUAUGUCCAUGCAGUUUAAAUCAGCUGCACACCUCAGAGUGUUAACAAAAAAUAAUCCAGGUAUCUUGGAGUGGCAAAAUCAAGAUGGGAUUCUAAAGAACAUUGACUAUAUCAACAAGUCACUUGUUAUUCAAGAAGCUGGAACAUAUUUUGUAUAUUGUCACAUAGAGUUUAAAGUAACUCAAUGCCAAGGAAAACCGAUCGAGUUAUCCCUUGACAUAGAAAGGAAUGGAACUGCUAUUUUAAGUGCUUCUGAGACAGCAUGCGUGACAGCUAACAAAACAUUCCACAGUCUCUUCCAAGCUGGACUUGUUUAUUUAGACACAUAUGAUCACUUGUCUGUGAACAGUAAAAAUUCAUACACGUAUAUGGACACUGAUUUGUUUCCAAAUGACAUUUUUUUCGGAACUUUUAAAUACAUGAAUGUCCAUUAAUGCCAAAGUAGUAGUAGUAAUUUUUGUGCAAUAUACUAUUACCAUCCUGAAAAAGCCGAGAGAGAAAUUCCCUCUUCAAUUAUGUAUUUAAUUUUUUUUUUUUUUAAUCUGUACUACUUUUGUAAAAUUUUGUUUCCAAACUCUUUCAAUGCAAUUGUGAUGUGUUUUAUCACUCUGUGGCAAUGAGUUAAAAACAAUUGUGUACUUUUAAUCAAUACUCAUUAUUAGGUAUUGGAUACCAUGGCAACUGCUGUUCAAUACUAACAUGUAACCUAAGAAUGAUAUGCCAAAAAAAAAAUUUACAACACAUCUGUUUAAUCCCCUGAGCUGCUGUUUUCCUGUCAUAAACAGACCAAUCCAGAAAUGGGUGGUAACCAUCCGCCACUAGUAUUUACAGUGGGGCACCUAGUGUAGGGAGCAUUACCUGUGUGAAGCCCUGGAUAGCUGAAUGGAAAAUACCAGGAGUCUCAAUUUCUUCAGGGCAGAUGUUUGUAAUUUCAAAAUGUAGUAGUGGAUAUAUUCAUGGGUGUACCAGACAUACCAUUCACACUACACAAGUUGCCAACAAAGGUUUAGACACAUUAUUACAUAUCCCUUGUACACUGAGUUGCCCCGAGUUAUUCCAGACCGUUGCGUGGCUCCCUUGCUCAGUGGCAGAUGUUACUGUGCACUUUCCAUCACAGCAGCUUUUAUGGCAAACACUAAGGUCACAAAGCUGUCCUUCUCCUCCUCACAGAUUUGGCACACUUAAAGUGUGCUGCCUCUGACAUGUCGAAUGUACAAUCAUGUUUCUUUUGACAAGUGGGGUUCGACUGCACUGGGUACAGUAGACAGAUUUACAGCCUCACAUCAAUUUUCCAAACGUAAAUUAUGCUUUAUCCAAAUUCCAAAAAUAAAUCAACAUGUGUUCACAACAAGUAAUAGAAAGAUAUUGGUCAAAGGUUUAUGAUAUAUAGGAAAUAGAAGUAGCAAAGGAAAUCAGAUAUUUCUAUAAAAAAGUGCCUCCACAGGGUUACAUCUACUUAACCAUGCUUUUGUCUUAUAGAAGAGCCAUUUCAUGGAAGCCAAAAGAAUUUAUUUCAUUAUGUUAAGCAUGAAAGGCUCCAUUUCAUAAAUGACUGUGUUACACAUGCAUGAUAGACUUAUAUUUCAUAAUUGUAUGGUGCAAAACAAAUUUACAUUCCCUCUUUAUCUGUAUCCAAAUGAUAGUGCCUCCCAAAUGAUUACUUACCUGUCAUGUAACUUGCAUAAAUAAGGUCACAAAAUCUGAUAAGAAGACUGGCACAUAUUUGGAUCCAGAUAUUUUGUAUCACAAGAACAUUACUCACAUCUUACACAUUACCAGAAGGUAUUACAGUUAGAGUUCUUUAUUUUUUUUCCAAAUAAAAAGAGGAAAACUAGUAAUUUUAAAAACUACAGAUACAUAUUACUCAGACAAUAAUCCCCUAUUUGCAUUCUGAUCACUUACCAAGUAAACUAUAUUUCCACAGCUUGCUGCAACAACAAUGCAGUUGUGCUACAAAGUAGCAGCUUCUUGUGAUUCAGAUUGUAUAAAAGAAGUACUUUGUUUCAGCAGACAUGCAAUUGUAUGCAAGUCAGAACCUGAAGCUGAGAGCUGUUCACAGGUACUUGUCACCAAAAUGACAAAUACAAUCCCAAAGAGGAAUACCAUGGAAAUUUAAGAUCUGAAUACAGUUAUAAGCUUUUCUACCACUGCAAUGAUUUAUACCUCUUUGCUCAAGAGACUUCUUAAAUGGCACUGAUAUCUGUUAAAUUCACAAGUGAUGCCAUACUGCAUAGUGAAAAUGCCAGGUGGCAAUCUGCCAGUGUCAAUCACUGAAAUAAAGAAAAUCUUCCUUGAUGGCUUAUUUAUUUAGCUAUUUAUUUAUUUACUUAUUUAUUUGGGUAUUUAUUUUUGUUGUUUUGCUGUCAUACUCUCUCAUAUGACUCUCUCACUGUGAGCAUAAGCUCCACGUUCUUGCCCCUUACCCAUAAUCCCUGUGUUGAAAUGCAGGACCGUGGUACUCAUACAUUAAAUUCUGUUCUGAAAGCUUUUUUUAUUAUUAGUAUCUUUUACUGUUGCAAUUCAUGAAGUGGGUAUGGACCAAUAAUAUGUGGAUUCUAGCAAUUUGGUCAUAUCAUUCAUUUUUUAAUCAAUACGCUUAUGUCAGAUUAUGUGCGAGUAUGCAUUUGAUUUUAUCAGUUUUCAAUAGAUCAUUCUAAAAGCAGAGGCAUUUGUCAAGCAGUUUCAUGAAUCAGACAACUGGCAUGAAUAAGAAUGCACAGUGGUACAGCAGGCAGCAUCAUCACCUCACAGCAAAAAGUUCUCUGGUUUGAUUCUUGGUGAUGAUGUUUUCUGUGCCACCUGCAUGUCCUCUGUGUGUUCAUGUGAGUUUUUUUCAAGUGCUCCAUUUUCCUUCCACAUUCUACAGGCAUGGAUUAGGUAGAUUGGACACUUUAAAUUGGCCAUACAUGUGUGUGCAUGUGGGGUAAGGAAGAACAACUGUGGCAGGGCUAACCACCAGAAAUGUGAACACUGGCUCUAAAAUAUGGUCACUCUUUUUCUGAAACCCUAACCCUAUCAACAAAAAUGGGAACAAAGGAUUAUAGAGCGAUAGACACAUGAAUUGAUGGAUUGACAGAUGAUCAAAAGUUUUCAGGAACUGCACACUUGCAUUUACAUAAAUAUAGAGACAUUUUCUAAGGUUUUAUGUAUGAGCGUGGACCAUAAAAAGUUUGCUUUACAACUUGGGAACAAAGUUGUGAAUCUGACUUUAAUCCAAAAUAAGAAGCAUUCUAAUUAAAAUAAUUACCACCAUUGAUACUUGAGGCAAAUAGACAUUAUUUUAAGUGUUGCAAGCAUACAGCUUUAAGCAAUUUAACUACAAGCUGCAGGCAAUAGUUAAUUUCCUUUCAUAACUAUAACACUAGGAAUCAAUCUUUACAUGAACUAAGAAUUGAUAAUCUCACCUAUUUUAUAGAAAUGUAAUUAGAAAUUCAAAUAUAUCUCAGUAAAUAGAAUAUGGACUGUACUGUUUUGCAUGUUUUACAGAGUUCUGUGUCUCUUUUACUUUUAGUGCUAUUAAUUCUAUCAUGUAUACAUUGUCUAACAUUAUUUGGAAAGUGAAGCAUUGCAUUGUCUAAAAACUGACUCUAGCUCCUCCUUAUAGUUUUCCAAAAAUGGACCAAAAAAAAAAAAACAAGCUAUCAUUUUAAAUUUAAAUAUUAUUUUCAAAAAAAUAAAUAAAUCAUCUAAGGAAUUUAAGUGAAAGUGCCAUUGAUAAGAAGAAUGU